AUGAAUGUUCCACGAAUGUUGUUUGGUCGUGUUGGAUUAUCUUAUUUCUCAUUCAUUCGUAAGUAUUCCUCAACUCGACAACAAUUCAUCGCUUUAGUGAAUGAGGAACUGAGUACCAUUCAGGAUGCUGGAACUUAUAAGAAUGAACGUGUUAUCAUUGGUCGACAAGGAAUGGAAAUCAAAAUAAAGAAUUAUGAUAUGCCGAUGUUAAAUUUUUGUGCAAACAAUUACCUUGGAUUAAGUAGUCAUCCAGAAGUGAUCGAAGCUGGACGGAUAGCAGUAGAUACACAUGGUGCUGGUAUGAGUUCUGUGAGAUUCAUAUGUGGAACACAGGAUAUACAUCGAACUUUGGAACAGAAACUUGCUAAAUUUCAUGGCCGUGAGGAUGCCAUUUUGUAUGCAGCUUGUUUUGAUGCUAAUGGAGGAUUGUUUGAAGUGCUUACAAACGACCAGGAUGCAGUCAUUUCCGAUGAACUCAAUCAUGCUUCCAUUAUUGAUGGUAUUCGACUGUGUAAAGCGAAACGUUUUCGUUACAAACACGUCGAUUUAAAUGAUCUGGAAAAAAUACUAAAAGAAACUCAAAAUAACAGACGACGAGUAAUUGCUACUGAUGGCGUUUUCAGUAUGGAUGGUGAUGUAGCGCCAUUGAAGGAAAUAUGUGAUCUUGCAGAUCGAUAUAAUGCACUCGUUUUCGUUGAUGAUUGCCAUGCCACUGGCUUCUUCGGACCAACCGGUCGUGGUACGGAAGAACAUCUUGGCAUUCAAGGCCGUAUUGAUAUAAUCAAUUCUACACUGGGAAAAGCGUUAGGCGGUACUAUGGGUGGCUAUACUACGGGUCCUAAACCAUUUAUUGACCUGUUAAGGCAGCGCUCUCGGCCUUAUUUGUUUUCGAAUUCGCUGGCACCAUUUGUUGUUGGCUCUUCCAUCAAGGUCCUUGAUUUAUUGACCAGUUCGUCAGAAUUUACAAGUUCCUUGAAAUCCAAUAUAUCUCAUUUCCGUAAAUCGCUUACUGAUGUUGGCUUCAACGUGAUGGGCAAUUCAGAUCAUCCGAUCUGUCCAGUAUUUCUGGGCGAUGCUAGAUUGGCCUCAACAUUCGCCGAUGAAAUGCUUAAAGAAGGUAUAUAUGUGAUUGGAUUUAGCUAUCCUGUAGUACCUAAAGGCAAAGCAAGAAUUCGUGUGCAGAUUUCUGCGGCUCAUACAAAACAACAAAUUGAUCAGUGCAUCAGCGCAUUCAAGACGAUCGGGAAGAAACUUGGUGUCAUUUGA